AUGGCACCUUAUGAAGCGUUAUAUGGGAGAAAGUGCAGGUCACCGAUCGGAUGGUUUGAAGCAGGCGAAACUGCCUUAUUUGGGCCAGAUCUUAUUCAUCAAGCUAUGGAAAAAGUUAAGGUGAUACAACAACGAUUAGCAACAGCUCAAAGACGACAUAAAUCAUAUGCAGAUAAUAGAAGGAGAGGACUGGAAUUUUUCAUAGAAGAUUGGGUAUUUUUGAAGGUAUCCCCAAUGAAAGGGGUAAUGAGAUUUGGUAAAAAGGGGAAGCUAAGUCCGCGCUAUAUAGGGCCGUAUAAAAUUAUUCGAAGAGUUGGUCAAGUCGCGUAUGAGUUAGAGCUACCUCAAGAGCUCUCAAUAGUCCAUCCAGUAUUUCAUGUCUCAAUGCUUCGAAAAUGCAUAGGCGACCCAUCUCGUAUCACUCCGACGGAAGAUGUACACGUUAUAGAAGAUCUCACUUACGAAGAAGUACCCAUCGCAAUUUUGGAUCGACAAGUUAAGAAACUAAGAAAUAAAGAAGUAGCUUCUGUAAAAGUACUAUGGAGAAACCAACAAGUUGAAGAAGUUACAUGGGAGGCGGAAAAAGCAAUGAAGUCCAAAUAUCCUCAUUUAUUUCAAUCCGAGGAGAAGGGUCAAAGUGCUGAGUUGAGACAGUAA